AACGGCGGGCACCACGCCAUACCACUAGGUGGAGUUAAUGUUUCGCCUCAGCCGUCGUACAAGCACAAAGAAGAAGCUGGAGGCGAAGAAGCAGCAGCAGCAGCAGCAGCAGCUGAAAAUGGCGGCCUCACGCACCGGAAAGAGCGGACUCUUGGAGAAAUGGCGGAUCGACGAGAAGCCGGUGAAGAUCGAUAAAUGGGACGGCGCGGCGGUCAAAAACUCUCUGGACGACGCCGCCAAACAGGUGCUGCUGGAGAAGUACGGCUACGUGGAAAACUUUGCUCUGGUGGACGGACGGCUUCUCAUCUGCACCGUGUCGUGCCUCUUCGCCAUGGUGGCGUUGGUCUGGGACUACCUGCACCCCUUCCCCGAGUCCAGACCCGUGCUGGCCUGCUGCGUGGUCUCAUACUUUGUCAUGAUGGGCGUCCUGACGCUCUACACUUCGUACAUGGAGAAGAACAUUUUCCUGGUGGCGCUCCAAAAAGACCCGGCCGGCAUGGAUCCCGAUCACGUGUGGCAGCUUUCGUCCUCGCUCAAGAGGUUCGACGACCAGUACACGCUGCGGGUGGCCUUCGGAGACGGCGCAAAGAAGACGUGGCGCGAGAGCCACACCACCUCGUCGGUGGCGGCCUUCUUCGACCGCAACGGGACGUUGGCCGCCGAGCGCUUCGACAAGUGCGUGUCGGAACUUCACGACACGCUGGCCGUCGACAAGAAAAGCAAAUGAAGUCCUCGCGGUCUCGUGACUGUUUUGAUGCCGCUUCAAUAAAAUGGAAUUUUUGCAACUCGUUCGCAUUUUGUCAUAUUAUCGCCACAAACAAAGAUGUACCGUAUUGGCCCGAAUAUAUUUGUCUCAUUUCGUGAACCUAGAUGUCUUACAACGGAUUCGCGGCGUCACUACUGGCGGUCAUCUUGUAACGGAGGAACUUCUGAGCAUAAGCGGAUUUUGCAGGGGGGCCAGGCCCCCCCUUGGUGACAGAAAAGUGUCAUUGUAUGUAAUUGACUUUCCUAUAUAUGAU